UCCCCCACGCCACCCUCUGUCGCGCUCUCUCUCUCGCUCUCUCUCUCGCUCUCUCUCGCUCCCCCACGCCACCCUCUGUCGCGCUCUCUCUCUCGCUCUCUCUCGCUCUCUCUCGUUAUUGAUUAGUUUUCUUUUCCUUACCCAGUCUGUGAACAAUAAUAAGUGACUGUAAUUGUCCACGAGAGUCUCAAGAGUCGCGAAGAACUCUCAGUAAUAAGUCUCACAAGCUUCUCGCCUUUCCACGAUCUCGUAGUAGCUGCGAAUGAGAGAAAUGUUUUACGGAAUUCCAAGCACUGUAUUAUGGAGAUUUGGAUUCUAACCUCCAUAGCAAUAGAUCUGUUUGUGUCGGUUUCUUAAACUCGUUGAGCUUCAGUGAAUUGCAAUGCGAGAGCGGACUGUAAAAUUAGAGUGAAAAGAUCACAUGGUGGUCGGCUCAAUGUUGUUAAUGCGAUGAUGAAGCCCGAAUAAACCAGAGAGGGAGGGAAAGUAAAGAAAGAAGGUGCAGAGAGUGAGAGAGCAUCCUAUAUCGAUCAGCUUGAUUUCGGCGAGCUUCGGUUUUUAGUAUGUAUUUUUCUUCUUGAAAAUUAUUGGCAAUAAUUAGUUUUUUAUUACUGAUUCUCGAACUUGAAGCCCGAAUUUCGGGUACUGCGGUAUCUGUAAUAGCUCGGAAUGGUCGAAAGUGAAGCUAGAUGAAGCGAAAGGCCAGUUUCAAACAAUCUCAGCACAAAUGGAAGAUAAAGCUUUUUGCUGCGCUUUUGCUCGUCUUCAGCUUCUCCACUUUAGUAUUAUUGGAGACACAAUACAGUCGAAUCAAAGCGUUAGCGUCACUUUCUCCUACAUUUGUGCAAAAGCCUAAAAUCGCGUUUCUAUUUAUAGCUCGGAAUCGGCUUCCUCUGGACUUGGUUUGGGAUGCAUUCUUUCAGGGGGACAAGGAGAAUACAUUUUCAAUUUUUGUUCACUCUAGGCCUGGGUUCCUGUUCAACAAGGCUACAACCAGAUCAGUCUAUUUCUUGAAUCGUCAAGUGAAUGAUAGCAUACAGGUAGAUUGGGGAGAAGCAAGCAUGAUCCUGGCAGAGCGUAUUCUGCUUCAAAAUGCCCUUGUGGAUCCUUCUAAUGAACGUUUUGUUUUCCUUUCAGACAGCUGCAUACCCUUGUACAACUUCAGUUACACGUAUGACUAUAUAAUGUCUACAUCAACUAGUUUUGUGGACAGCUUUGCUGAUACAAAAGAAGGCCGGUACAAUCCGACAAUGCAUCCUGUAAUUCCUGUUCAAAACUGGAGGAAAGGAUCUCAGUGGGUUGUUCUGACCAGAAAGCAUGCAGAAGUCAUAGUGAAAGAUGAUGCUGUCUUUCCUAUGUUUCAGUGGCAUUGCAAGAGAAAGUCAUUACCUGAAUUUUGGCGGGACCAUCCUAUUCCUACUGAUACAUCCAAGGAGCAUAACUGUAUACCGGAUGAACAUUAUGUUCAAACAUUAUUGGCUCAAGAAGGCCUUGAAGAAGAAAUCACACGAAGGUCUCUGACUCAUACUUCAUGGGAUCUUUCAUCCUCCAAAGACCGGGAGAGGCGAGGAUGGCAUCCUGUGACGUACAAAUUAGCGGAUGCGAUUCCAAAGCUCAUCCGAUCUAUUAAGGAUAUAGACAAUAUCUAUUAUGAAACUGAAUACAGAAGAGAAUGGUGCACUAGCAAGGGGAAACCCUCCACAUGCUUCCUUUUUGCGAGGAAAUUCAGUCGGCCUGCUGCUCUACGGCUUCUUAAUAUGUCUGCGUUGGGAGUUUCUAAUGGAGCAAACUAACCUUUACCGUGAAGAAGUGUUUAUCGUUUGUAAGUCAUGUACCAUGCAGAAGUAAAAUUAGAUUAACAUGCACGAGAAACUAGUGCAACUUGUAAAAGGGAAUAGAGAAAAAGAAAAGAAAGAGCUGUAAAAAAAGAAAAAAACAAGAGAGGAAAUUGUGUAUCAUCAAUAAAAUAUAUAUAUAUAUAUAUUGUUGUGUUUUUUGCAACUGUAAUAAGGAUGGUCUGAUGAACGAAAAAAAUGAGUAAAUAAAGGAGAUGUGAUUGUUUUUGUGUGCGUGUGUGUGUGUGUGUAUCCUCAGCCUGCACGCCAGUUUAACCUCGUGUAGGCGUGUAGCCUCUCCUGUAAAAACAAGGUUUCAGAAAAUAUAUAGUUCUUCGUGUGCCUGCUUUGAGUCUGUCUCUGCGGGUUUGUGUGUGUGUGAAAAAGAAAAAGAAAAAAAUAGUGAGAGACAGAGGGAGAGAAUACCCGGUUGAUAUAGAAGGAUGUAGGUGGCGGUGGUGGAGGUGGAGGUUGAGGUUGAGGUACGACAAAGGUGGUUGAGUUUGGUCUAAGCUGGUUUGUGGCAUGUUUCUUCUGACUCAUCCUUAUCAGCAGAAGGUUGGACUACCCUCGUCUUUGGACCAACUUUAAGGAAAUGUUUGCUUGUAUAUCCGGAUCCAUGCUGUUUACUUAUUUUUCUAUUUUUUUCCCUAUUUUGUAUUGUGAUCAACUCUGAUCUUUG